CUAUUCCCUUCAUCUCUACAUGUAGAACUCACACAAACCACAAGGCAUUGGCUUCUCAAAAAGGGUUCUUUGGGUUUCCUAUUUCUCUCUGUACCAUUUACAAUGAGGUCGUCGUCAAUUUCAUUACGUCCACUGCGGCGAGCGCUGGCGCCGUCGGUAUCGACACAGCUGCUGCCACCCCUUGUUACGGGCCCCCGGCUCUACUCGACGCACCCGCCCAAUGCGAAGCUCAACAUACCCGUGGACUACGCGACAACGUCACUCCUCGCGCACUCUUCACAAACUGCUCUCGGAACGGCUGAAUUACCAGCGGAGGUGCGCGAUGGCACGACAAAGAAGAUGAACCUGUUUCAAGCCAUCAACGAUGCCCUCUCCAUCGCUCUGGCUGAGGACGACUCCGUGAUGGUCUUUGGCGAGGACGUCGCCUUUGGCGGCGUCUUUCGAUGCACAAUGAAGCUGGCAGAGACCUACGGUGCCGACCGCAUCUUCAACACGCCAUUGACGGAACAGGGCAUCAUGGGCUUCGCCAUUGGCGCGGCCGCGGAGGGUAUGCGGCCGGUUGCUGAGAUACAGUUUGCCGACUACAUCUACCCGGCCUUUGACCAGCUCGUCAACGAGGCGGCCAAGUACCGGUACAGAGACGGCGCCUGCGGCCGGAGCGUUGGUGGUCUGACGGUACGCAUGCCCUGCGGCGGCGUCGGCCACGGCGCCCUCUAUCACUCUCAGUCGCCCGAGAGCUUGUUCACGCACAUCCCCGGUUUGCGGGUGAUCAUGCCACGGUCACCUCUACAAGCCAAGGGCCUGUUGCUGGCGGCCAUCCGCAGCAAUGACCCGUGCAUCUUCAUGGAGCCCAAGAUUCUGUACCGCGCGGCCGUCGAGCAGGUGCCCGCGGGAGCGUACACGCUGCCGUUGUCCAAGGCGGAGGUCCUGAAGGAGGGCAAGGACGUGACGAUUAUCUCGUACGGACAGCCGCUGUAUACUUGCAUGUCGGCGAUACAAAAGGCCGAAGAGGAGCUAGGAGUCUCUGUCGAACUCAUUGAUCUCAGGACGCUAUACCCCUGGGAUAAGGAGACGGUAUUCCAGAGCGUGCGCAAGACUGGUCACUGCAUCGUGGUACACGAGGCGAUGGUGAAUGCUGGUAUCGGUGCUGAGGUUGCUGCCACAAUCCAGGAGGAUCAUGAUACCUUUUUGAGGCUGGAGGCACCGGUUGCAAGAGUUGCUGGAUGGAGCAUUCACACUCCGCUGCUUUAUGAGAAGUUCAACAUUCCUGAUGUUGCAAGGGUUUAUGACAAUAUUAAGCGGGUUCUGGAUUAUUGAGACUUGGCGAGGGACUAGGAAGGAUGGAGAAAACAAAAAGAAAAAGAAAUCCGAAAACAUAGUACAUACCCUUAAUGACAUGGCAUCAACUUCACAGCCAUUGUUCUGCUAGC